CAACAGCGUAAAACAAGUGUGAAUAUGUUAAGUACUGACAAGCCCCUCUGAAACACAGAAUCUUGGGUUUAGAACAGAGCACCGUGAAAUCUCGAGAUAUAUGUCAGAGUUCAAUUCGAAGGUUAUUAUAGUAUCAUCUUCGUCUUUGAUUGCCUCAUUUCUCUGAGUAAAAGGCAAUUGAACUGGAACGAUAUAGCGUUGAAAGGCUUGGUGAAGGAGGAGGGGGAAAUUAAUUGUUGUCACGAUUUUCGACUGAUUUUGCUGCACCAGCCUACAACUGCCACAGUCACGAUUUUAUCGGCAAGUGAAGAUGCACCAACCUCUGCGAGUAUCAGGAAAAAAAUGCAAAUUAUGAAUACAUAUUUUAUACUGUAUUCUUCAAUUUUUUGCAUAACUACUGCUUCAGAUACAAUAAUUAGUGAUGGUGUUGUGGCUAUUGAAAACCAAGCUGUAGACAUACCAUGUCCAGCUUCUGCACAGAUUCACAUCAGAAGCAAGAUACCUACUUUAGUUCGUUGGUUUCACAAUCGAUUUUAUAAACCAAUAUAUUCAUUGGAUCUCCGGUUUGUUUCAAACAAAUUUUUCAUUAACUGGACAAUGACUCAGGGGCAGCAUUUUCCAUCAAAUGAAUUCGAUGGCCGACUCUAUUUGGAUCUCCACCGUAAUCCAAUUGCUCUGAGAAUAGAUCCAGUUUUGUACGACGACCAUGGUCGAUAUACUUGUCGGAUUGAUUUUAAAACUCACAGAUCACGUAUUAGUGUUCAAGACCUGAAGGUUAUUGUGCCACCAAAAGGAAUUAUUAUACGUGAUAAAAGCGGUAAUAAAGUAAACACAAUAGCUGGUCCUUAUCACCUGGGAGAAGAACUUCAUUUAUUUUGCGAUGCCGUAGGAGGACAUCCUCUACCUAAUAUAUCGUGGAUUGGAGAAAGAACGAUUAAUACAACUUUUCAGGUCUAUGGAAAUACAAGUUUUUUAAGGAGUGACCUGCUUAUUCCCACCUUAAAUAAGUUUCAUCAGGGUAAUAAAUUUUCUUGUAGAGCUUGGAAUAAUAAUGUAACCACACCAGUUAUUUCAAUAGUUACAUUAGAUUUAAUAAUUCCACCAACAAACAUCUUGAUGAAAAGCAAUUUCAAACAGCCGUUAAUCGCUGGUUCUACUUUGCAAUUAACAUGCACAUGCAAUGGAUCACACCCCAAAGCUUCUAUUCAAUGGUUUAUAAAUGAAACAUAUGAUGCUUCACCAAGAACUAUCAUUAAAAAUAAAGGAAGUGUAACCAUAAGCUUCUUCCAUCGUCUUAUUUCUGAAGAAGAUAAUGGACUAAAAGUGAAAUGCGUAGCAACAAAUCCGAAUAUACUAAACUACACUUUGGAAGAGGAAUGCGUCUUAAAUGUCAUUUACAAACCCCAUGUGACUGUAAAAAUAAUACGGAGCAUCCAGAAGUCGAGUGGAGAAAACAGCAGCGUUGUUCUUCUUUGUGACGUUAAUGCAAAUCCCACGAUAAAUGAAAAAAAAUGGUUUUUAGACGGGCAGCCCAUUGAAAACUCUCCCACGAUAUUCCAGAAAAAUGGAAGCUUACACCUUAUGCAUAUUAAAAGAACUCAUCUUGGCACUUACACGUGUUCGGCAAAAAAUGACGUUGGCUCAAAUAACUCAUCAGUACGUGUUGACAUUAAACAUUCUCCAGUCUGUCGGGAGAUUGAAAUAUCAAGGCAAUACGGAGAAAGCCUUCAGGACAAAAUUGUCGCUAACGUGACCUGCAAUUUACUAUCGAAUCCAGAGAACGUGACAUUUUAUUGGAUGAUUCGUAAUUCUUCUACCAAUCACAGCUGGAGCACUGGUCAAGUUCCACACACUAUUGUGAAAGGGAAAAACACGAGCUUUAAAAUUACAUGCUGGGGGAAGAAUGAUAUUGGAGAACAGAAAGAACCUUGUACAUAUACGUUUUUAAAAGAAAAUCGUGACUCCAAUUUUGACGUUGUGCUCAUAGCAGGUUUUGCUGCCACACUAUCCAUUGUUAUUAUCUUUGUUUUGACAAGAAAAGUACAACAAAAUAAACCUAAUUACCUCAUAAAUGAAAGAGAACUAAAGUAUUUUGAUGGCACCGGAAUACAAAAAUUAAAUAAGACUGCAUUUAAUGAAGUAAAUGAUGUAAAUACAACAGACAGUGACAGCUCUUCUGGAAAACUAAUUUCUCAAGAGGAUCAACUAUGAAACUUUUUAAAGACUGAAGAUAAUGUUGGUCAUUUUGAAACAUAAGUGGUAGGAAAAAGACUCAGAAUUUAUAAAAUGAAACACGCACAUGAAAAUAACUUAGGCUAUUUGAAAUUAUGUUAUUGCAUAUAUUUGAAGACUAUGAGAGAGAAAAGGUUGGUUUGUAAUAGCUAAUUGUAUUUUUGUAUAAUAUGUAUGUAAAACGUAAAUAUAUACAUGAAAA